UUUGUGACUGUCCAAACCUCGCGUACUUAAGGGAAUCUAUUUUCGGAGUACCAUGGCUCCAAAUUUCGGAUAUAAGGAACAUACUUUUCUGUUCUAUAUUAACGUUCAUGAAAAGAUUGGGCUGGUUUUCUUACCCUUGAAUGAACAGUAAAUUGUGGGGACGUACAAAGGGUCCGCUGGGGCCUAAGUGCUGUGAGUAACUCACCCCCACGUGAAACUACAUACAUACAUGUCAGGCAUUCAACACUUUUUGUAGAAUCGGGUAAAGGUAUACAGCUAGAUGUUGAGGAUAUUUUGGUAAGUUUCGAUGUUGAGUCUCUUUUUACCAGGGCACCAGUUAAGGAUGCUGUGGAUGGCCUCCGCCAAAUGCUUAUUCCCGAGGGAUUACCAGAUACGUACCAGAUCUAGUGAAUUUUACGAACAGUACGAAGGGGCAGCUCCAUUAUCGCCAGUUAUAGCUAAUUUCUACAUGGAAUCAUUCGAAGAAGACGCUUUGAAGAAGAUACCCGAUUUUUAUUCCGAUUUAACAUUCAGAGGUGACAACUGUGUAAAAAAAAAUGUUGCGUUCAAUGUCAAAAAAAUGUUUACAAACUUGUCACUUUUUUAAUAAUUUUUACAUUCUUUUAGCAUAAAAAACCAGAAAUAAUUUGAACAAGAACCAGCUUGUUGUUAAAAUGCUUAGAAACAUAUCAUUUUUUGAGACGAACGUUAAUUCCUCAAUCCGAUCAUCAUCAUUUUUCAACCAACAAAAAAUAUGGCCCAUAACGCGAUGUCGCGCAGCGCUUCUCUCUGAUCUCCCAAUCCUCAACGAAUUAGUCGAUAAAACAACAGACUCACACUUCGGAAUGGACGAUAUCAAAGCAGCUUACGAAUUGAGUUAUAUAACUUUGGUGGCCGAAACAAGGCAAGGUGAAAUAGUGGCUGGAGUGUUUUUUAACAAUUUCCCCAAUUUAAGAUCGAUCCCACCGGACGAUUGGGUACCAUGGAUCAUAUACUCGUACAAUUUAAACAACGCCAACAGUUCGAACACGCUUUUCGUUCAUUUAGCCGUUUACAACCAACGAUAUUUGAAAUUAUUUUUGGAACCCGUUUUAGAAAAAGUUUUUAAAAAAUUCCUUCUCGUCCAAUACGUAAUCGUUAUAAUCCCAGCCCAAAAAAAAUUCGUCGACUUCUUACCGUUAAACGGCCUAAACUUACCAAGCACCUCAAAUUGCCCAAACUCCCAAAAAAUCAUGCUUUAUCUAAGACAAGAUUACGAUAAACACUACAAACUUCGCCAAGCCGUCAUCGAAGACAACGACGAUUUAAUUCCUUUAAUCGACACGCAUAGUGAGAGAUUGAAAAAAAUGUACGGCGAAUUUUAUAUGGCCGAAAUAAUAUCCGACGGAAAAUCAAACCGACACACGAUCGUGACGGAAUACGAAGGAUUAGCCGUCGGGAUAAUAAUUUACAACGAAAUCGUUAAUUUAGAGAUAUUAAAAAAUUAUUUCCAACUCGAAUGUUUCUACGGAUUAAGAAAACACGUUCAUUUCGACGACAAAUACGAUAAAGAGCACUACGAUUCCGACAACUACGAGGACUACGAUUAUUUAGACGAAGAAGAUUACGACUUCAUUCACUCGGAUUCAGUCGAAACGGUAUCAAGACACCGAUCGAUAUCAAAUCAAACACUUUCAUUUAGCAUAUUUUCAUCACCAUCAUCAUCGGAAUCAUACUCAAUAUUGAUCCCUCAAACGACGUGUUCGAGCGAAACCUCUCCUAACCCAUCAGAAAUCGUUUUUAAAGGCGUCGUUGAAGGCAAAUUUAGCUCCAAUUUAUUGCACUUUAACGAUAACGAAUUACAAAGGGUGCGAAAUCAAGACAAAUUCGACGACGACCAAAUAAAAUCGGUUUCUUAUUACGCAACUUUGAAUAAGUUAGCGGAAGAUCAAAGAUAUAACGGGCCGAUUAACGCGUUUACUUUGGAGUUGUUGGCCGCUUGGCCCGAGCAUGAAAAAUCUUUGGUUGAAUUGCUCCAAGCUGGGUUUGAAUUGUUUCCGAAUAAAGAUUAUUGCGUUUUAUGCAUCCCAAGUACAGCGCCGUUUUUUCAAUUAUUAACGAAGAUGUUUAUCAGGGUCACCCCGACGGGGGGAUCAAACUUUGCGCACGAACUAUACGUGGUUCAUCGUAACUCGUUGUAUUGCAGGAUUUUGAUUCGUAAAGCUACUUUGUACGAUGUUAAAAACGUGAAAAAAUUGUUGUCGAGGAUGAGAAGUGGGCUAAAAGUGUUUCAAACUUUCCACAAAUACCUAACAAGUCAUUACGAUAACCACCAAACGUUCGUUGUUUUAGCGAAUAACGAGAUUGUGGGUGUCGUUAAUGUAAAAGAUUUAAAUAAUUCGGCUUAUAUAUUCAAUAGGUACCAAGUGUCGCGAAUGACCGAUUUGUCGAAACACAAACCGUGUUGUUUUGGGAGAAUUAAACAUUUCGCGUUGUCUCCGAUUUUUCAAAGACACUCGCGAUGGUUGUUGUUGGAGUUGCAUCGCUUAACCGAUUAUAGUUUGUUGAUACAUCUCGUUGAGCCCGAUGAAGGGACCACCAUGUUUCGCUUCGAUCCGUUGGCGUGCGUUUUGAAUGAGUUAAUGCCGGUGCUUCCUGCGAGGGUCCCCGAAUUUGAUACAAGCGAUAAAGAAAAUUGCGAAUUUAUGCCGGUUAUGAUGCACGAUGAACGACCGUAUGCUGUUUAUAUGUCGACGCCGAUGUAUUGCGGAUUAUCCAGAUUUGAAAUAAACACCAAAAUAGUCGUCGUCGGAGCAAGCGAAAUCGGAUUAUCGUUUUUAAUAGAACUAAUUUUUAACGGAAACCCGAAUCUUCACACAAUCUUCAACAACGUAACCUUAGUUUCAACGCAUGGCUUGCCCAAAUUCGAAACGAACGCAACUUACGAAUCGAUGUUUCCGGUGACGUCGGAUAAAACGUCUGGACAUUAUUUAUCGUUGCUUUCAUUGGCGACUUAUGUUAACGUAGUUUCGGGCGUUAUGAGCGAAAUCGAUAGAAAAGCAAAAACGAUCACCGUUAACUCAACCCAGCUACCGUAUGAUAUGUUAUUUUUAACGUGCGGAACUCAAUUCCAACCUGUUCGAAGAGAAUUUGAGAUUAAGCAGAAUCCGGAAGCGACGAUUCAAGAGUGUCCCGAGAACGUUUUUGUUAUUAAUACGACGGUUGAUGCGAUGUGGGCUAUGAGUCGAAUUGAAAUGAUUUCGGAAGAUAGAAAAAGAAAGGGUAAUUUUAUUGUGUACGGAAAUUGUAUUGAAGCUUAUUGCUGCUUAGAAGGUUUAUUAAAAAGUGGGAUAAACCCCGAAGAUCUUAUUUUUAUAAUCCCACCAUAUUCCGAAGAUUCAGGAACGUUCGAAGCGUUCGAAAAUUCAAUUGAGGAGGUGGUUCAAAAUGAAAUUAAAAAUUUAGGGAUUGAAAUUUAUAAGAAUUAUUCAUUUUGCGAUUGGACGUUCGAUAAAAAUAAUCUUAUGGUCACAUCGAUAAUGUUUCAAACAAACACGAGGACUUACUCGAUGAACGUGAAAGCCGCGUUUAUGUACCAAAGGAAAUCAAUUAGCAAAGUUACCUUCACCGCUUUUAACAAGGCGAAUUUAAUUUUUGAUGGGGCGUUGGUGAUCAGUCCCAAUUAUGAAACGAACGAUCCUAAUAUUUUCGCAGCGGGGAGGAUAACUAAGUAUCCCCGGAGGUAUUACGCGGAUCAUAUGCGUCACAAUUUGUUUAAUCAGGGCGAAAUCGGGAGGAGAUUGGCCCGGAUGAUCUUAAAAAAAUUGGUUCCGAGUAGUGGGCAUGAAGAAGACGACGAUAAUGUGUUGUUUAAGGAGUGCUCGACGAGUGAAGGGAAAAUGUUGGUGCCGUGGUUUGGAAAACCAGUUGAAGUUUUUGCUCAAGUCCCCACGAAAAUUCAGUACUUAUUAAUUCGGAAACCGGGGGUUCCUGUUCCGAUGGAUAUUGCAAGUAUGGAUGAGCGAUUUGGCCAUGUUAUGACAACGGGAGAUUGCAACGAUUUAGACAAAAAAGGUUACUUCUUACUCCACUUAAACAAAUUCCACUCGAUCGAAACAAUCAUUGCGGUAUCCAAAAAGCCAAUACAACGCAAUAACUUGACGUUAUUAUGGGGAAAACACGAGGCGUUAUUCAAUAACUUAGAACACCGCUUUAAAAUCGGUUUAAUCAAAGAUUUUUUUAAAUUCUUCUCACAACCGUGGAUUCAAGCUUUAUUCGACGAUGGAUUCGAAGUCUUGGAGAAAAAUCUUAAUGAUAUUUUAUUACAAACAUCGAUUGAACCUCGUCGAUCGAUAAUCGAAGACGUUGUCGCGAAAAUUGAGCAAAACCACAACGAUAAUGUAACGCCGGAGCAGUACGAUGAGAUUUUCGAUAAAUUUGAGGAUUCUGAGUAUCAACGCGAAUUGGAAAAGAUGGUUAUGGAGUUUUUGGCGGAAAGACAAUCUCAAUUGCCGAUGUAUGCUACUCCGGGGGCGAUUACGAUGAUUUUGGGGGCGUUUGAGGAUAGCCCCUUAUUCACUGCUUUAUAAAAUCAUUUUUUUAAUUUAUUUUAUUAU